UCGCACUCUUCUUCUCCUCUCGUCCAUUUUUCUCCUUCCUGCGUCUCGUCCCCAAGAUGUUUUCUUGAAGGAGAGGAGGGUUCUGGGCGUUUCGCGGUGAUUUUGGCCGAGAGGGGAGGAGAUCAGUGGAGAUGAGCGCGUCGAGGUUCAUAAAGUGUGUGACUGUUGGGGAUGGGGCCGUCGGAAAGACAUGCAUGCUCAUUUCCUAUACCAGCAACACCUUCCCCACGGAUUAUGUGCCUACUGUUUUCGACAAUUUCAGUGCAAAUGUUGUAGUUGAUGGCAAUACAGUGAACCUUGGCCUCUGGGACACUGCAGGGCAAGAGGAUUAUAAUCGUCUAAGGCCUUUGAGCUAUCGUGGAGCAGAUGUUUUUCUGCUAGCCUUCUCCCUUAUAAGUAAGGCCAGCUAUGAGAAUGUUGCUAAAAAGUGGAUUCCUGAACUGAAGCACUAUGCACCUGGUGUCCCUAUAAUUCUUGUUGGAACAAAGCUUGAUCUUCGAGAUGAUAAACAAUUCUUUGUUGAUCACCCUGGUGCUGUUCCUAUUACUACCGCUCAGGGUGAAGAACUCAAGAAGCUAAUAGCCGCACCUUUUUACAUUGAAUGCAGUUCAAAGACACAACAAAAUGUUAAGGGGGUCUUUGAUGCGGCUAUUAAGGUGGUUCUGCAGCCCCCCAAACAAAAAAAGAAGAAAAGGAAAGCACAGAAGGGCUGUUCGAUUUUGUGAUCGAAGAACAUGGGAAAGAGAAAAGAUGAGCCAUCCGACCAUCACCGUAGUUUCUUUCUCUGUAUGACGAAUUAGGGCUUGGUGUAUAGUCAGCUGACAAAAAUAGUGCACGCAAAUGGAGCCAUCAAAUAAUCGAUUUGGUUUUUUGUGAUAUCGAACCAACUUAUUAUUGAAGCAUGAUUUCAUAUUCACCUAGCUGCUAAAUAGAUUUUCAUCUUCAGGCUAUUUUUCUUUCAUGGAUUGGCAAUAUAUGUAUCUUAAAUUCUCUAUUUAAUCAGGAAAGAAGGCUUAUUUACAUUUUA